CUAGAAUUACUUAAUUCAUCUAAAAGGGUCUCUACUCUAUCAAACUCACGUGCACAACAAAGCUUGUUGAUAAUAGAGUGGUAUGUUUCGUAAUUAUGGAAAAAACCAGGGUGGAAAUUGCCAGCAUGGUGAAAGAUUUGGAGUGAAAGGUUAACAUCAUAUUGGGAUUUGAUUAAUGAGAUGAGUGUUUUAUGAGUGAGGUAUCUUGGCCAUGGUUUGAUUGGUGGUGUGACUGUAUAGGAUUGGAGAAACUCUGAUUUGGAGAAGCUCACCGGAGCUCUGGUGUCACGAGCUCUCCGGCAAUGAUGGCUAUAGAGCAAGCAACAGUGAGGGAGAAGAGAUGGGGUCGCGGGUCGGGUUAUAAGAGACCGGUCGGAUCAUUUUAAUUGAAAUUGGGUAAUUUUGGAUGAUUUGGGGUUUUUCAUCUAAUAAAGUGGGUAUAUGUGUAUACUUUGGCUAACAAAGGGGUAUAUUUGACUACUUUGACUAACGGAGGGUAAAUUUAACCAAUAAACUAAAGUAGAGGGGUAUAUUUGACCCUUUUCUCUUUUUUUUUUAUUCUCUAGCUUACCGAAAAAGUUACAGUACUCAACAAUUACGUAGUUCUUCCUUUGAAAAACUCUUCAAAUUGUUUGAUUCCAAGGCAACAAAGGAAAAGGGGGAUGGCGUUCCAGUUUCUAAGGUGCGUUUUUUCCGAAUUUUAUUUCCUUCUUUUUUAAAAAAAUAAUAUGUAACCUCAAUUCUGUGUUGUUUUUAUUAGAAAUAUCAAAGUGUUGAUAAUGAUGAUACAUAUGACCACGACGGGAAUCAACAUUUUGAUGAUCAUGACUUUGCCGCGGUUGUUCCUGAAGGAAAUAUGCCUGCUAAGCAAACUAAGUCAAGUGUCAAGGAAAAUGAGGGAGUUACUGGUGGUGUGGCAAAUGAGGAAGUUACUGGUGGUGAGGCAAAUGAGGGAGUUACUGGUGGUGUUUUUGGGGCAAUGGAAACACCUGUUGUGAAUGAUUCAAACACGCGGUAUGACAAUGAACUCACUGAUGAAGUUUUGGCCAAGUUAAACAUGUCUCAAAUUGUGCUUCAUAGGCAACAUGCCAAAAAAGAAGACAUGACACCCGAAGAAUUGGCUCAGAAAAAGUUUCCAGCAAAAUGUGUUUCAUCUCCAUUUGUGGUAGAUUUUGGUUCUGAUAUAAGUGGCACAUCAAACUCAGCGCCCAAGUGCAUUUCUGAGGAGACGUAUCCUUUUGUGAACAACAUUGAUGAGUUUGAUCCCUAUUCACCUGAGGGAGAACAUUUGCUGAGUUUGUUGAUGAUGGGAUGAAUUCAACACAAAGCGCCAAAGAAGUUUAUCCAGUGGAAAAAAAUAAUCUGCCCGUGCCUUUUAUUUUUGGAUCAAUUUAUGUGACGAGGAGGGAUUAGUUCCACACGAUUUCAUACAGCGCUCAACUUUUAUCUGACGAGGUAUGUGAUUUUCUUAUAAUUUUCAAUGUUUCUAUUCUAGAUGAAUCGUGAAUUGGAGGGUUAUGAAUCAAUGUAUAAACCUUUAUAUGAACUAUGGCAAUUAGCGUUGCUUUUGUAUUAUGAUGCCAAUGUAAAACAUUGUUUGCAGGAUAUGAUAUUUCUUCAUUCUUGCUAUGAACUUUUCUUCUUCUUUGUUGUGAAGGUCUAUUAUUCUUGUAGACUACCCCUUAACAUAUGGAAUGAGUUCUCAUGUGAAUAAUGUUGAAUGUUGUAGUUCGUCUUAGAUACGUAUUUGGGACUGUCUUGAAUUCGUUUUUAUUUUUUGGGGGUUUUCACAUCCUGUGAAUUCGUAGGUUAUCGCGAAAUUGGCAUGACAUCUAGUGAACUUCAGUAAUAUGGACUUCAUAUUAUAUAAGUGAUAUGCCAUCUUUUGUACUUCUUUUAAAAAAUUUGUGGAUUCACCAGUUGAUCAAUGUGGGUCUGAUUUGAGUGGUGUUGUUGAUAAUUCCACAUCUUCCAGUAAAAUAAUUCCAGACCUCCUUUGCUAUAUCUCCUUUCCAAGAUGAUGUGUUCAAUGCUUUCCAAUUUAUGCUCUCUGCAAUAAUGGCAUCUCGAUGGGCGAACCUGCAAAGUCUUAUCAUCAGUAGGUAAACUAUUUGUUAACAUUCUUAAAAUAGAAAAGAAAACUUUAAGAGGGAGUUUAGGAUGCCAAAUUUUCCUAGAAGUUAAGGAAAUUGUAUUUAAUUUUCUCAAACUUCUCCAAGCUGAUUGACAUAAAAAAAAACUUCCUGUAGUUUCAAGGAUCCAGAUUGGGAAUCCUUUUUUUGCAUCAAGAAUUAUGAGUCCCUGAAUAGGCUCAGAAUGUGAGGUGGUGUUGUGUCCAUCAUCUUUGGCAUGUUCCAUGUUCUAUUCUGCAUGUAUUUAUAAAUUUUGAUACACUUUGAGCCUUUUUCAGUCCAUAUUUGUGAUCUGAACUUUAUGUAAGCCGUAUUUGUUUUUUGAAUUCAACUGAAUAUUGUAAAUUAGAGGUGAUAGGGAAGUUGGAAAGUGUUGAUGAAUGUUUCUCUUGCUGCGGGUAGUUCAGGGUGUAGUUUAGUUGAUGUUUAGCAAGUUCUAAAGUUUUUUGGAUUGAUUCACUAAUAAUGGUUACUUCUAUUUUUCGAUCUCAGCACAUUGAUGUCAUAUUUUACUAUUUGAGGAAAAAGGGUAAAUAUGAUCCUACUAUUGUUGUACGGUUCACGACAACUGACUGGUAUUUUGGUGGCAAGAUUACUAAAUUCUAUUAAAAGUAUGUAAAGGCUAACCAUGAUGCUGCUAUUAUUCCUGAAGUUAAUGAGAUAUCUCAGUAUAUUCAAGGCUUUUACUGUGAUGCAAAUGUACUGUGGGACACGGUUGACCACGUGUUAAUUCCGAUUCAUGUCAAGCGUGCAAAAAAAAAAGAUACAGGUCACUGGGUCAUGGGUGUGCUUACGUUCAAGGAUAGGUGCAUCCACGGAUAUGACUCCAACCGUGGUGCUUUGAAUGAUUCUUUUGUUACAAAAGCACUGCUGCCUUUUGCAUUCAUGAUACCUCAAUUCUUGACAAGUACCGCAUUCUAUGGCAAGAGGAGCAAUAUUGAUUUGAAAAAUGAUGCAUAUGCUGAUAGAGCACUAUCUGUCCAUUGUUGGUCAAUUUGGUCAUUGAUCUGCCACAUCAGUUCAAUGCGUAAGUUCUUUUUUUUAUACAGUUUUAAUCACGAUAUUUUGUUUACCUACAGUAGCUUAUGGGAAAUUUGGUGCUUACAGGGAUUGUGGUGCUUUUUAUUGUUGCCUCUGUUGAGUAUUUCAUCACGGGAAAACAAUAGACAAGAAGAUUUUCGACAUCGACACAUAUCGCGCAAGAAUUGGAUCCCAGUUGUGGUGACAAUAUGG